UCAUUAAACCAGAGACAUGAAGCUGAUCACACCUUCAUGCAAGCGUUUCAUCUUCACCCCAUUCAAGAAAAUGCUUCGCCUCUUCAAAUUCAGGCUCCGGAAGUCUCUCUCCGUCGGCCGGCGGCUCCGCCGUCCAAGACAGCGCAGAACCGCCAUCCGGCGAAGUAUUUUCCGAUAUUUACCGAAGGCGAGAGAGGACGACGAUGAGGCGAUGGAGCUCAAGAGUUUCUCGGACACUACUACGACGAAUCAGAAGGCGCCGUUUCCCUCUCCUUUGACUCCGGCGUAUGUAAGGAUGAUUGCGGAGGCGGGGAAUGGUCGUCGGGAAGAUGGCCGGAUUCCCGACGAGGUGGACGGCGGCGAUGCAUGUAGAAGAUUCGAGAAGUGCUUGGCGGGGAUUGUGGCCGGAGAAGGGAGGAUGGCGGCGAGGGAUUUGAUGGAUGUUGAGGAUUUGGUUUACUGCUGGGAGAAUCUGAGGUGCCCGGUGUUCUUGGAUCUUGUUUGCAGAUUCUAUAGAGAGUUAUGCAAGGAUGUGUUUUCCGACAACGUUGAUCCUAAGAUCGAGUUACACUUGAAGAAUCCUAAUAGAAAUUACUUUUUGAAAACGUUACAUAAGCUUAAUGUGGAUGCGUCAAUUGAUUUUUCUCGUCGUUGCAUAGGGUUUGGGUGGGUGGUACGAGAUGUUAGUGGGGAGUUUGUGGCGGCUGAAGGUGUUAUGAGAAAGGGUGUGUUCUCUACCUGUGAGGCGGAGGCGGUGGGAGUUCGUGAGGCUCUUAAUUGA